ACCUGGUCUCAGAAAUCAUUUUACAGAUCAGUAAAUUAGACCCGUUUUCCCACCUCUUCACUUGCCAAGACGAUUCGUAAACCGAACAGCAUGUAAGCAAUUUACCGUGUCAAUUUCCAUGGGUCGGUUGUUCUCUUCUGUAGUUAGAAGCAGGUCUCUGUGGUGUGCUGUUCUUACCUGUACCUUGAUUUAAAACUGAACUUCAAAGUUGAAUGGCCUAGGAUGUACAUCGCUAUUUAACUGUAUAUAUUGCUAGUGCAGUGGAGUGAUGUUGAAUUAUAUUAAAUCAUGAUCAAUUGAUUUAGUUGAGGAUUAUUUUCACGGACACUUCAGGUUUUUAACUUAGUAUGGACUGUAUUUGUUCGAAAGCGAGAAUAAUCCACUGCAAAAUAAUUCUUUUGGAUGAACAAGAGUUAAUUCACGAGAUUGAAGAUACUUGCACCGGACAAGCGCUACUCGAUGUCGUUUUUCGGAAUUUGAAUCUGCUAGAAACCGCCUAUUUCGGAUUGAGAUACUUAGACCAAACUGGACAAACUCAUUGGCUCGAUCCGGCUAAAACUCUAAGCAAACAAAUUAAAGGUCCUGAUCCUUUCACUUUCUAUUUCGGAGUCAAAUUUUAUGCCGCCGAUCCUUGCAAACUUCUCGAAGAAAUCACAAGGUAUCAAUUUUUCCUGCAAGUGAAGCAGGACAUAUUGCAGGAGCGUUUGCUGGUGCCGUUUGAGCUGGCAGCUGAGUUGGGGGCGUAUGUGGUGCAAUCUGAGCUUGGUGAUUAUGACCCCCGCCGUCACAGUAAGGGUUACGUAUCAGAAUUUCGUUUCCUGCCUAAUCAGAGUAUAGAUCUUGAAACGCGAAUUGCAGAAAUUCAUAAAACUCUAGUAGGUCAGUUACCAUCUGUAGCGGAACUAAACUACCUCGAAAAAGUAAAAUGGCUGGAAAUGUACGGCGUUGAUCUCCACCCAGUUUUGGGGGAGGACAGUGUUGAGUAUUUUCUGGGAUUAACACCGAGCGGUAUAAUCGUGCUGAGGAACAAAACAACAGUGGGCAAUUAUUACUGGCCAAGGAUUACAAAAAUUUAUUUUAAAGGCCGAUAUUUCAUGUUAAGAGUCAUCGAUAAAAACAACGAUGAAAGCACGUACGGAUUUGAAACACCAUCAAAAUCGGGAUGCAAACAUCUAUGGAAAUGUUGCGUCGAACACCACGCCUUUUUCAGGUUGGUUCAGGUGACCCCAACUACGCCUGAUAUUUUCGCACUAGGUUCAAGGUUUAGAUACAGUGGCCGGACGGAGAAACAAGCCGUCAGAGACGCCCAAAUGAAAGUGAGGACCCCUCCGGCCUUCUCGAGGACACCUUCAAGACGAUACCAAAGAAGAAUUAUUGAGGGAAUAUCUGAACAGUUGCCAACUGAUGAAACUUACGGACGAACUCAAUAUCAACCACCGCCACAAGAAACCAAGUUUAUUUCCGUACCCCAACCCGCACAAAAUUUUGGAGGUUCACACCCGCCGUUCAAUGCCAACGCCGCCGACGAGACGAAAAGAGCUGACUCGCCGAGGAGCAUUAAAAGCGCCCCUUGGUCGCAACCACAUUCCAAAGGGCUUUAUAAUAACUCUGUUCCGAUCAGUCCGAGAUCGGUGCGAUCAGCAGGGCCCAGGUAUAGAUCGUCCUCACUCGAUAGCCAAAGUUCCAACGAUUCGCGAUCGUGUAAAAAACGCAAACGUCGGAGUAAGUUAACUUCAGACAAUGAGAGUGAAUUGUCGAAAAGCUCCAAUCGAUCACACAGGAAACACAGGAGACGCAGAUCCAAAAGUCGGCGAGACUCUGAGUCAGAACCUGAGUCCGAACGGAAAUACUCCAGCAAAUUAAGGCAGGUGGACCACCAGUACGAAUUGGUGAAUUCUGACUAUCAGUGGCGCGAGGUCCAGAAAAAGUUGUACAACGAGAGCACCGUUAACAGUAUUCAGCAGGCCAAUGUGAUAAGCAGUCGUCGUCCCUGUCAGCAAAUUUAUGACGUCAAGAAUGACUGCGAGAUGAUUUAUCCGAAUAAAGUGCGUAAACACCGCAAACACCGCUCCCGAUCUCGUUCCCCGUCCGAACCAAAGUCUUGGCUUUCCGAAGAAUUGAAAAAGCAUUUAGAAUUCGAUCUUAUAGAUACUACGGGUAUGUCCGAUUCUCAACUGAAGGAAAUUCCUUAUACGGUAGUCCAAACGAAUAAACCUAAACAGAUCAAGCUGAAACCGCAAUGGAAUAAAAGCAUUCACGACGAUAAAAAAUGCAACACUCCACCUCCACCAUACUCACCUCACAUUACGGAAACGCAUAGAAUACGAAAUGUUUGCCUAGGUCAUUAUAAUUUAAACGAAGAUUUAUCGCCACAAUUGACUUAUAACGGAAAUGAUAACAGCGCGGAUGCUUUGCCAAGAAUGUUUAAUUCCUUGGAAGUGGCCUCCAGGAGACAGGAAAAUUCGGAUCACUUAGGAAUAAGUCACGAACAUACGGAUUCGGGACUCGGGACCGAACAAGACUGUAUUUACAAUAGCGAAAAGUCGAAUGAAAGGAACGGAUUUAAUAAUGUCGAGGAUUAUUUAUUAGUUUCAGGUCCAGAGAGAUUAUCAAAUGUUGCUGAACACAAUGCGUUACCACAAACAAAUUCAGAAGGAAGCAACGCCGCUAUUGCAGCGAUAGAUUUAUCAGAAAUGAGCACGGAGCUGUAAUUUACAUUCUAGCAAUCCAAAUAAUUUUAUGUAAUUUUAGUGUGACAAUAAAUUAUAUUAUCUA